ACCGUUCCCUCUUCUCCCUCCUCCUCCUCCUCCAGCGGCCACCAGGGACCCUGAAAUCCACCAGCCCAGGACCCCACAGCCAGGUCCGUUGCACCAUCCUCCAGGAUCCCCUGCAGCUGGAGACACACGUGCAGGAGGCUGUUGAUCCAGAACAUGUCUUCACCCGCCCCAGCCUCUGUGGCUCCAGGCUUCAUACUUCCUCACCCAUGGCCAACCCAGGCCCAUCGCUCCAUGGCAUCUUAGGCAUUUUAGGAGCUGUGGGAAGGGACAGGCUGGUCCACCUGGAACACAAGCUGGAGAGUCUGCACCCAGGCAGCCAGGAGUCCAAGCUUCUUCACGCCAUGGUGCUCUUGGCUCUGGGCCAGAACACAGAGGCCAGGACCUCUUUGCAGUCCUUGAAAGCAGACACAGUGGCCCAGCUUGUAGUCCGCCAGUGGGCAGGCGAGGUCAACACAGAAGGCCCCGAGGAGCCCCCAGAUUUACCCUGGACUGUGGCUCGCCUGUAUCACCUGCUGGCUGAGGAGAACCUGUGUCCAGCUUCCACAAGGGACAUGGCUUACCAGGUGGCUCUCCAUGACCUUGCCUCCCAGGGUGACCACCUGCUGGGCCAACUCCAGAAGGAGGCCUGGGAUCGGUGUAGUUCAGACACCAUGGGGGACUCCCAUGGCUUCCAGCCACUACAUUCUGAUCAGGGUUGCCUGCCGCCAACUUCAGCAUCUCCUUCAGUGACCAGAAGCCAGCCUCGACCCAUUGACACAUCAUCAGACUGGAGCCGGGGGCAUUCUCUACACUCCACUGGCAGCAUGGCCUCACUGGCCAGCCACCUGGAGAUCAGUCAGUCACCCACUCUGCCCUUCCUCUGUCCACAACGUGGAACCCAUGGACCCAGCAAACUCUGUGACACACCCCAGGCCUCCCCUGAGUCUCAGCUUGUCCCUGCAGGCUGCCAAGAACCUGAGGAAGUGAGCUGGCCCCCAUCAGUGGAGACCAAUGUUCCCUUGGGGUCACCACACAGAACUGGGGUCCCAGAGGUGUCCCCUGAGGUGACUUCGGUAGUUCUCCCUGACUCUCUGGCUGCUCCAGACACAAGUGUCCACCACCCAGUUGAAUGUACAGAGGGUUCUAAAGGUUCCCAGUCUCUUUUGCCACCCACGGAAGGUGUUAGAAGGCAGCUGUCUGUGGCGAGUCAUAUGUCGCCUCUGCGCUCUGUCGGAGAUGACAGUCGGCAGAACACCACGUCCAGCCCCCCUGCACUGCCACCAUCCCCCCAGACCUCCAGUACACUGCCUCCUUCCCCUCCGCCCUCCACCUGCUCCUCCAGCAGCUGUCCUGCUCCCCCAGCCCCCACGUGUCCCGUUCUGGGUCACUCGGAAACAUCUGAGCAGAAAUUCUAUAACUUCGUGGUCAUCCAUGCCAGGGCUGAUGAACACGUGGCCCUACGUAUCCGGGACAAGUUGGAGACCCUUGGGGUGCCCGACGGGGCCACCUUCUGUGAGGAAUUUCAGGUGCCUGGGCGUGGUGAGCUGCACUGUCUCCAAGAUGCCAUCGACCACUCGGGAUACACUAUCCUGCUCCUGACUACCAACUUCGACUGUCGCCUGAGCCUGCACCAAGUCAACCAUGCCCUUAUGAACAGCCUCACUCAGUCGGGAAGGCAGGAUUGUGUGAUCCCCCUCCUCCCACUGGAGUGCUCCCAGGCCCAGCUCAGCCCCAAUACGGCCAGCUUGCUCCACAGCCUUGUGUGGCUGGAUGAACACUCCCCGAUCUUUGCCAGGAAGGUGGCGAACACCUUCAAACCACAGAAGCUCCAGGCACACCGGAUGCGCUGGAAGAAGGAGCAAGAGGCCAGAGCCCUCAAGGAGCAGAGCACACAGCUAGAGGCCGAGCGGCAAAGGUUGGCUGCCAUGUCUGCUGCCUACUCCGCCUAUGUCCACAGCUGCAGCGCCUGGCAGGCACAGAUGGACAGCCUGCGGGUGGUCUUCGGCAAGGACUUGUCACUGGGGACCCCUACAUUCUUUCCCGGUUGGCUAGGAUGUCCACAGCCAAUAUCUUCACAUCCACGCCAGGGUGGUACCCCAGCUUUCCCCUGUUUCCCGCAGCCUCCAUCUUUCCCACAACCUCCAUCAUCUUUCCCGCAGCCUCCGUCUUUCCCGCAGCCUCCGUCUUUCCCGCAGCCUCCAUCACCUUUCCCGCAGCCUCCGUCUUUCCCGCAGCCUCCGUCUUUCCCGCAGCCUCCAGUCUCUUCCCCACAGUCCCCACCCUUCCCACCUGCUUCUUCAGCAGCCCCCCAGACUCCAGGUCCUCUCAUUAUUCACCAUGCCCAGAUGGUUCAGCUGGGGGUCAACAACCACAUGUGGGGCCAGACGGGGGCCCAGUCGACGGACGAAAAGACGGAGUGUCUGGAGGAACGCUGCUUGGGCCCUCCGAAUGACCAGGGGGAAUCCUUGCUUGAUCCGGAGUGACAGUGGGAGAGGGGACACUCACUUGGGUGCACACAGUGGCCAUGAAUUGGACCUCAACUGUAAACUCAGGGCCUGGGAACCCAUAACUCUAUUGGACAUUGCACAGGACUCUGUGGAACCCCAACCUGCAUUCUCUAGGUGGAAAGAAGUCGAUGGGGCCGCGGGCUCGUCCGAGGUGCUCCCAGCAGCUACGUGACCUUCAUUCAGUGUGGCACGUGCUGUCUCUGGGGAGGAUGCAGUGCUGGGGCAAUGGAGACAGAGAGUCCGGUCUUUAUAAUAAAGUUAUUGGCAACUGAGUCAUGAGCCAGCAUCCCCCACGCACCACCGCCCUCAAGAAACCAGCAGGAGACUCAGCUUCGCCAGGGCUGGAAUCCAAAAGCUCGAGAGCCAGCGGGCUCCCUGAGAGGCAGAAAUCGGAAGUUGUGGAUGAAUUCUUAUCCCAUUGGUCAGCGCGGGACAUGUGGCUUUUUGCUGCAAGGGACUCUAUGAAAUGUAGGCUUUUUUGGUGGUGGCGGCGGGCGGCCAUAUCGCAGAAAGGAGAAGAAGAAAAGACACUGGGGGUUUCUGGUGAUUUUGAUCGUUUUGUGCAUUUAUUUAUGUAUUACAUGUGUGCCAGACAUGUGUGGAGGUCGGAGGACAACCUGUUUGAGCCGGUCCUCCUCCUCCAUGUGGGUCCCUGUGAUAGACACUUCAAAUUCACUCUCAUACAGUAAA